UCUUCUCAUUACAUUGUCUCCAUAAAAACUCGAGCCCUAACCUUCAUUCGCCAUUACAAUCUCUCCUUUCUCCACUGUUAAAUACCUCUAAAACCAGACUAACCCUAAUUUUCCUCUUUUGUUUCUAUUAUCCGCCUUCGCGUAUUGUCUCUACAGUUUUAGCCACCGUCUCGGUCUUUCCUCGGAACCCUAAUUCUUCGUCGCUUCCUUUAGAAACCCUAAUAUCCGAACCUGAUCUUUCGAAACCCUCGAUUUGUCGAAAAUUCUAUAUAAUCCAAGACAAUAAUAAUAACUAUUAUAAGAAUUUUGUUGAUUCUGUUUGUUAAUUAUAUUUUGCAAAUAUUGUUUCUUUGAAUUUUUGAGAUAAGCCGUUGUUCUUCCUGAUCUUCAAUUUUCCGAACCAUACAAAUACUUUUUUUGAUAGUUAGAAUACUAUCUCAAAUUGUCAGUUUAGUCCUCCAGGUUUAACGGAUUUAUACUUUUUCCGUUUAUUUUUAAAUCACUUGUAUACUUUUCACUGGGUCUUGAUAUUGGGGAGAGAUGGUUGGGGGAGGCAGGAGAGACGAGGGAUCAUUGGUGAUCAACAACACUAAUGUUUUUGCAGCGCUUGAGACUCUGAGGAAGAAAAAGAAGUCAGAUAAGGAGCGUGGUUCAUCCAAGAGUGGUAAAGGAUCCUCUAAAUCACAAUCGCAACAGCAGCAGAAGGAGCCUGCUCCUGAAUUAUUUUGGGCUCCUGCUCCACUCAAUGCUAAAUCUUGGGCUGAUGUGGAGGAUGAAGAUGAUGACGACUACUAUGCCACCGCAGCCCCUGUUUGGGGUUCUUCGGAGCCACAGCAGACUGAUGAUAAGCCCACCCACAUAGAGGAAACUGAGAGUGAAGAAGAUAUUUUAGAUGAAGGUGACGAUGAAGUAGAUGAAGACCAUGAGCAUGAGCAUGAGCAUGACCAUGACCAUGACCAUGACCAUGAACCAGAGGUUCCAGUGCCCCUUGAGCCAGCAGUCAAGAAGCCUUCUGAAGUUUCUGUGGUGCAGAAGGAGACAGAAAGGCAACUUUCGAAGAAGGAAAGGAAGAAGAAGGAGCUUGCAGAGCUAGAGGCCCUUCUAGCUGAUUUUGGAGUGGCCCAGAAGGAGAGCAAUGGCCAAGAUGAGUCACAUGAUGCUGCGCAAGAAAGAAAAGAUCCAGAGCCUAGUGGUGCAGAGGGUGAAAGGAAGGAAAGUGCUGGAGAAUCCAAAAGUGCUAAGAAGAAGAAGAAGAAGGAUAAAUCAAAGGAGGUGAAGGAACCUCAGGAGCAGUCUACCUUUUCCGAAGUUAACAAUGGGCCAGAUGAAGCUGCUGGGACUGAGCAGGCAGAUGAGGAUUCUUCCACUAUUGAUGUGAAAGAGCGACUAAAGAGAAUGGCAUCUGCGAAGAAGAAGAAGUCUAGUAAAGAGAUGGAUGCUGCUGCAAAGGCAGCUGCUCAAGAGGCUGCUGCAAGAAGUGCAAGGCUUGCUGCAGCAAAGAAGAAAGAGAAGAACCAUUACAAUCAGCAGCCGGUGCGAUAGAAGCCCCUUUUUGUUUCACACACAUAUGAACAUGUAUUACUCGUUCAUAUAACAUAGCUCGCACAGGCUCUGGCUUCAUAAAAGACAAACUUUCUAGUGUACUGUCAUGGACUAUAGAAAGUC